AUAGACCACUACGAGGGCGAGAAUGAAAUCGGUUCAGUUUUGAAAUUUAUAGUGAACAAUUUGGACUAAUAAUAUGUUAGUUAGCAUAGAAAAACAUUCGACUAAAAUGUGCCUGCCUGCCUUCUGUUGUUUCAGCCCUGGCGCUCGCUGAGACGCUACGCAGCACUGCACAACAGCUGGCUCAGGUAGGGGGAGAAGAAAAAGAAGAAGAAUCUGUUGUUCCAGUGCCGGCGUCCAGCGACAUUUAUACGGGAAAUCUGCCCAAGCAAGCGCCUAAAACCAGCCAUGUCCAGCGAUGACUGCAGCAGCGAUAGCGGUAGUUCCAGCGACGAGCUGCAGCGCAAGCGGAAGCACAAAAAGUCCAGCAAGGAUGUGGACAAGUCCAAGAAGAAAAAGUCCAAGAAGCACAAAAAGGAAAAGCGCCGGCACAAGGAGAAGAAGCGCAGCAGGCGCGAGGAUUCGGAGGAGGAGCCGCAGCCGCAGCCUGCCCCAAAGCCAACAAUUUCUGUAAAUCUGCCGCCUGCUGAAGACCCAGAGGGUGCCUUUGGUGCCCCUCUGCCGCCGCAUCUGCGCCAGCAGGCCAAGACUGAACCGUCCCAGAUGAUUGGCCCCAUCCUGCCCAGCGACUUUCCCAAGGCAGCCUCACCAGCUGCCGCAGAGAAUGCAGAGGAUGAUGAGGAGGAUGACGAUAUGAGUGGAACCUUUGGCCCCCUGCCAAAUGCCACCCAAGUGGAGCUCGAGGAGCGUGCGCUGGCCCUGAAACUGUCUGUGCUGCAGGGCGGUGGACUGGGCACCUCCACGAAUGACAAGGACGGGCGCGAGGAGUGGAUGCUGGAGCUGCCCGAUGUGGGUCUGAAGGGCGGCCUGGCAGCUCUCAACAACCUGAAGCGAACCUUUCACCAGGGCAAGGAGCGGCCCGAUUUCAGCGAUCGUUCCGACUGGACAAAAACGCCGCAGAGUGAGGCAGCGGCGGCCCUAGCGGGGCCGAAGCCUUGCAGCUCCAAGGAGCUGGAGCAAAUGGCCCAGGCCAAGUAUGUGCAGCAGCGGGAUGACGAACAGGAGCACCUGGCCAAGAAGCACAAAAAGAAACACAAGCGAGACGAGUCCCUGGUCGCAAUCCACCAAAAGAAGCUGCGCAAGGAGCAAAAGGAGAAGGAGAAGGAACUGGCUGCCGCUGGCUUGAAGGCGGAGCGACGUCCCUUUAGUCGCGAUGUGGACCUGAAGCUUAACAAGAUCGACUCCAAUCAAACCAAACAGAUUGUGGACAAGGCCAAGAUACUGAACAGCAAAUUCUCCCGUGGACAGUCCAAGUAUCUCUGAUGUUUAAGCUUAAGAUCUCUCGCAUUUAAUCCGCUGUAGAAUUAUGUGUACAAAUUUGACAAAAAUGAAUCCUAAUA